AUGCUACAAGUUCUAGAUAUUGGAAACAACAACAUAAAUGACAUAUUCCCCAAUUGGUUGGGAACUCUUCCGGAGCUUCAGGUUCAGGGAGGAACCUUUCUUUUCCAAAUGAAGUUGCGAAGUCUUGAUCUCUCUGACAACGAUUUUAGUGGUCCUUUGCCAACGGGGUAUUUUGAAAAUGUGAUGGCCAUGAAGAGUAUUGGUGUGGGUGAAAGAGAAUUGAAGUAUUUGGGACAAGAAUACUAUCAGGAUUCUGUGAGGGUAACACUCAAAGGGAUAGAGGUUGAACUGCUUUCAUGGAGAGAUUCUAGAAGUAAUCGGAGAGCAUCGUGCAUUGAAAGUGCUAAACUUUUCCCUCAACAGCCUUACAGGACGAAUACCAACAUCUCUGGUAAUUUGACAGAACUUGAAUCAUUAGACCUAUCUUCCAACAAUCUAACUGGAGAGAUUCCAGGGAAGUUAACCAGUUUGACAUUUCUAGCAAGGCUAAACUUAUCACAAAACCAGCUUGUUGGAUCCAUUCCUCAAGGUAAUCAGUUCGAUACCUUUGAAAAUGAUUCAUAUAUCGGAAACUUGGGUUUGUGUGGUUGGCCAUUAUCAAAGAAAUGUAGCAGUGAUGAGGCCCCAGAAGCACCAUCUUCAGAGUCUGGAGGGAAUGGUGACUUAUUCUUAGAUGGAUUUGGUUGGGAGGCUGUGGUGAUAGGGUAUGGAAGUGGAGUGGUGGUUGGCAAUGCUGUUGGAUAUAUAGUGUUCUUAACUGGAAAACCUCGUUCUCUUGUUCGGAUUAUUGAACGAAAUCAUCACAGAAAGAUGAGAAAGACCAAUCAGAGACACAGGGAAACAAGAAACUCAUAA